AUGGAACAAGAGUACGUAAUAGGGGUAGCCAAUCGUUAUGCCCUAUUUUUGGAAGAGAGCUCGCAUGAAGAGGAUCCGUACGAUAUAAUUAAAAACGCCGAGGCCGAAAAAACUAAGAAAAAAACGUUAAAAAAUGCUUCGGGAGAAUCAAAAGAAAAUAAGGAAAAACAAAAUUUAAAAGGGAAAACAACAUUACCAACGACGAGGAAAGCUCAAGGCAUAAAAGAAACUCAAAAUGUUAAAGCAAAUGAUGCCGUGACUGUUAUUAAACCCAAACCCCAAGAUGGCGCUUUGAAGAACAAUAAGUCAAUCACUGGGCGAAAACCAAACGACAACAGACCUCAGGGAGAACGUCAGCAACCGGGUUUUGGCGAAGGUCAGGUACGAUCGGUGAAAUUUGCAUCCGGAGAGCCUCAAGGGCCAGAAAGAACAAAUACUCGACCAGAAAAUGAAAAUGGUCCUCGAGGACCUCGCAACGAAGAAGGACGGCGGGGUCCAAGAAGGGAUGGAGAUAAUAGGCCGUUUCGAGGAGACCGAGACAGACAGGGGGGUGAUGGUGAAAUCCGGCCAAGAAGAGAAAAUCGAGAGCGCCGUGAUUUUCAGGAGAGAACCGAUUUCCCUCGAGAGGGACCUGAAAAUGGUGAAAGUAGGCUCGAACGAAGAUCAGGACCUCUUAUGGGACGAACUAAAAUUGGGGGCAGAGGAGGCGGUCCAGGAAGAAAUUUCGAUGGCAGAGGCAAAAGAGAAUUUGAUAGAAAAUCUGGAUCAGACAAGACUGGAGUGAAAGCAAUGGAAAAAAGGGAAGGAGGAGGAGCUCAUAACUGGGGAAACCAUAAAGAUGAUUUGGAGGCUGUUAACUUAAAUUCGACUAACGCAUCAGAAGAAAACGCAGAAUGGUCAGAAGGAAAACCUGGAAAUAACGACGUUGGUGAAAAUAAUGCCAACGGCGAACCAGUUCAAGUUGAAGAAGAGCCUAAGGAACUUACUUUGGACGAAUACCGGGCAUUGAGAGGUAAAAGAGAGCUUCCACAAUACAAUAUUCGAAAAGCUGGAGAAGGCGAGGAUUUGACUCAAUGGAAAAACAUGUACGAAAUUAAAAAGAAGAAGGAUUCGGUUAAUCACGAAGAGGAAGAGGAAUUAGAUCAGGCCGAGUGCCCACAAAGAGCUGGUAAACAACGUCUUUUGUUAGAUAUCGACAUCACGUUUUCAGACUCCCGUCGUGGACCUCGGGGAGGUCGCGGCGGACGAAUUCCUCGUUCGGGAGGUUUAAAUUCGGCUUCAGCUAAUAAUAGGACUCGACAGAGGGAUGGUCCUCGACGAGAUCGCGAUUACCGUGGAAACAAUCAAAUUGCUCCAAAAGUAGACGACGAACACGAUUUUCCAUCUCUCGGCUGA